UAUGGCUGCCAACUUGGAUUAUUUCCAUCAAAUAUGAACAGUCCCAAAAAUCUGGUUUAUUCUUGUAAUGAUAUAGCCGGGGUUUCACUUCAUGUUUGCACGUAAUGAAGUAGUUAAAAAGCUACAUUUUUGUAUACUUAUUGGAUAGAAGCAAACAUGCGAAGGAGACGAACAGCACAUCGGUUUGGCGAUAAACGUCGUACAACUGACGUUUUGAUAAAUGAAAAAGUCGAUUUCUCUGGUCUCAUGUUGUCCAGCAACGUACUAGAAGGAUUAAAAAGUGCCGGGUUUGAAAGACCAUCUCCAAUACAACUAAAAGCAAUCCCUCUUGGUAGAUGCGGCCUAGAUUUAAUAGCACAGGCAAAAUCAGGAACUGGUAAAACGUGCGUUUUCAGUGUCAUUGCGCUUGAAAAUAUCAAUUUGGCUGUGGUGUCGGUUCAGGUACUAGUUCUCGCCCCAACUCGUGAAAUUGCUGUUCAGAUCAAGGAUGUCAUGUGCUCAAUUGGUCAACAUUUAAAUGGCUUAAAAACUCAUGUCUUUAUUGGAGGAAUGCCUCUUGAAGAUGAUAAAAUUAGUUUGAGACAAUGUCAUAUUGCUAUUGGCACUCCAGGUCGCAUUAAACAUCUCAUAGAAAGCAAACUGCUGCAGACAACUUGUAUCCGCCUUUUUAUUUUGGACGAAGCAGACAAGUUGUUGGAUGAGAGCUUUCAGAAACAAAUCAAUUGGAUCUACUCCACACUUCCCAGCAGUAAACAGAUAUUGGCGCUAUCAGCGACGUACCCAGAUCAUCUUGCUGAGCGGUUGAAAAAUUAUAUGAAAGAUCCAACAUUUGUUCGCUUAAAUUCUGCUGAUCCUGCUUUAGAAGGAAUUCGUCACUAUCGUUGCAUUGUCUCUUUCCAUUCUCUUCCACAUAAAGUAUUUCAGGAGAAGGUUGAAAGUCUUCUACAUUUGUUCUCAAAGCUGUCAUUUCAUCAAUGUUUGAUUUUUUCAAACUAUCAAAUCAGAGCGAAGAAUUUAAGCGAAACGUUAGCAAAGAAUGGAUGGCCGUCGACGUAUAUUUCAGGAAGUCAAGGACAAAAUGAACGUCUCAUUGCCAUGGCAAAGUUAAAGGAGUUCAAAUGUCGUAUCAUGAUUUCCACCGAUUUAACAUCACGUGGUAUAGACGCUGAACGUGUUAACCUCGUGAUCAACAUGGAUCUGCCGCAUGAUAGUGAGACGUAUUUACACAGAGUUGGUAGAGCUGGGCGGUUUGGUUCCUAUGGUGUUACAGUAAACUUUGUAGCUGAAGGAAAAGAGGUCGCGAGUUUAAACGAAAUAGAAGGUGAUUGUGGAGUUACGAUCGCACCUCUACCAGAUGAUAUCUCGAAGAUUUUGUCAGAAGAGAUGUUGGAUCAUUCGCAAGAAAUAUCAGAAACAAAUUGCAACACGAUUAAACAAACACUUGACAAUAACCAGCUUCCCGUGGGGAAGAUAGCGCACGGUGAAGAAACGAACGAUAAUCAUCAGAAGACUGAGAACAGAACUGUCGAAGAUAGAAGAACAAAAAAGACUGAAGAAAAUUAUGAUGUUGAGGGGAAUGAAAGUAAAAACACGACAGAGGAUGAGCGACUGGAGAAAGAGAAUGAAAUAAAGUUUUUAGAAAGUGCAAAUGAUAAGAAACAAGAUCAUGAUGACGAUAGUGAGGGGAAUGAAAGUAAAAACACGACAGAUAAUGAGCGACUGGAGAAACAGAAUGAAAUAAAGUUUUCAGAAAGUGCAAAUGAUAAGAAACAAGAUCAUGAUGACGAUAGUGAGGGGAAUGAAAGUAAAAACACGACAGAUAAUGAGCGACUGGAGAAACAGAAUGAAAUAAAGUUUUCAGAAAGUGCAAAUGAUAAGAAACAAGAUCUUGACGACGAUGUUGAGGAGAAUAAAAGUAUCAAUGUAACAAACCACACUGAGGUUGAACUGGUGCAGAAAAUACAUGAUAAAAUGGAAAUGAAUGAAGACACGAGAACUGAACAGGUUCAUGUUGAAAACACUAAAUGCAGCAUAGAAUAUAAAGAAGUCGUAUUAAAUCCCAAAUUGAACGGGCAUAACGAGGUGGUGAAUGAUUUAUGUGGUGCGCUUGAAAUUGAAAGUAUUCAAAGUGAUUUUUUGAAGAAUAAUAUCACAGAAAAUAAAAAUGAAGAAAAUGUUAAUGAAAGUGGAAGAAGUCAGAUAAUCUUCAGAAAUCGUGAUGCAGAUAUGUCUCCAAUAAAGCAUUUCAACGGAGAUUGUUUUGUCAGCGAUGAAAGUGGGUCCGAGUAUGAAAGCUCUGAAGAGAAUGGAUCGAGUGAGAAUUCAUCUGAUUCCCACGUGCCACUCUCGUGUAAAGAUUUUGACAAUGUUUUCGAUUCCUAUCUCAAGGCUCGCGGUGGUGGGUCCCGUUCCAAGAACAGUAAAACUAGUUUUAAGAAUGAACCUGAAACUUUAGAUCAAUCAUUGAAAACAAGUUUGACUGCAGAAACAAGUGUUGAUAACACAUUUUGUACGUCGAGUAGCGCAAUAAAUGCAAAUGAGAUACCGCAUUCGCGAAGUGAGAUUGCACAGGAUGAUGUAAGAUCAUCGGAGACAAAGAAUGCCAUCGCUCGUGAGCAUAUAGUAGCGGACGAAUACAGGUUUGAUUCAAACGAAACAAGUACAGACUUUACUGCCAUCGCAACCAAUGGUAGUGAAAAUCUCGGAGAAACAAUGUUUUAUGGCGCCACGCCUGAUGACGUCACUGCGUAUUUGGCCGAGUUACCUAUUUCGUGGACUAAUACUUGGUACCGAGUUUAUGACAGGCAAACCAAAUUUAUUAUGAAAUACACAAAAUUUUCGCAUGAAAAUGUUUGAGUUGAUUAUAUUUUUGUAGAAGAAACCCAAUGCAUGGUUAGAAUAUCAAUAAAUUG